AUCAAGUAAUAUAAAAAGGCAGACAAAUAUAUAGAGAUAAUUUUUCCAAUAAUUAAAAAAAAGUGAAAGAUAAAGUAAUUUUAUUAUAUUUAAUAUAAAUCUUUCAUUACAGUUUAAAAUGUAUUUAGAGUUUAUUUUUAUUAUUUUAUGUGUGUCAACUGUUUACACAAAAAAUGAUAUCGAUGAAAACAACAAUAAUCGCAUAGAGUUGUCAUCGUCUGAAGAACCAGUUGGAUGUAUUUGUGGUGUCUUUUUAAGUGGACAGUUUAAAAAAGGUACUAAAGAACAGCCUACAGGGAACCCGGCUCUUCUUCACGAACAGUCAGAAUUGUUUCCUUGUACUCCUCUUGGAAACAAACAAUGCAUUAAUAAAUGUCUUGAGAUGAUUAUAAAACAUCUUCCAAAUAGUUCUGAUUUACUUUGUGCUGCAAUAGAUCGUAAUUGUUUGAAAGAAAGAGCAUAUCUUUUCAUACAAAAUUGUGAAAAUAAAUGGAUCAAUACAAAUCUAUCUACUGGUAAAAAGUAUUGCUGCAAGGAUGGGAUUUCUUACAAGUGUCCUAUUGGUUAGUUAAUUAUAAAAAAAAAUUUAUAUACAUAAUUAGUAUUAAUUAUUUUUAAUAUUUUAUAUGUAAUAUUUUGUAAUAAAUAUUUUCAUAUUCAUA